AGCCCAGACUUUCCCAUGGCCUCGCUGUACGUGGGCGACCUGCACCCUGAGGUGACGGAGGCGAUGCUGUACGAGAAGUUCAGCCCCGCGGGGCCCAUCCUCUCCAUCCGCAUCUGCAGGGACAAGAUCACCCACCGCUCCCUGGGCUACGCUUAUGUCAACUACCAGCAACCGGUGGACGCCAAGAGGGCCCUGGACACCCUGAACUUUGACGUUAUAAAAGGCCGGCCGGUGCGCAUCAUGUGGUCCCAGAGGGACCCCUCGCUGCGCAGGAGCGGGGUGGGCAACGUCUUCAUCAAGAACCUGGGCAAGACUAUCGACAACAAGGCUCUGUACAACAUCUUCUCGGCGUUCGGCAACAUCCUGUCCUGCAAAGUGGCCUGCGACGAGAAGGGGCCCAAGGGCUACGGGUUCGUGCAUUUCCAGAAGCAGGAGUCCGCUGAGCGGGCCAUAGAUGUGAUGAAUGGCAUGUUCCUGAACUACCGCAAGAUUUUCGUGGGAAGAUUCAAGUCCCAUAAAGAAAGAGAGGCCGAAAGGGGAGCCUGGGCCAGGCAGUCCACCAGUGCUGACUGCAAGGAGUUUGAGGAAGACACCGAUGAGGAGGCCACCUUGCGAUGA